UUUCUGGUCUUGCUCUGCCUAACUAACUCACCUAGUUUCCCCUGUUACGAAGAUGAGCAGAGAUUCAGUAAGAAUCGUAGGGGCUCUUCUAUGGAUGUGUAUGUGGGUUUGUUGUAAUGGGGAUGGAGAGUAUGUGUUGUACAAGGACCCCAAACAGGCGGUGUCAGAUCGAGUUGCCGAUUUGUUUGGUCGAAUGACUUUGGAAGAGAAGAUUGGUCAGAUGGUGCAAAUUGAUAGAAGUGUUGCCACUGUCAACAUAAUGAGAGAUUACUUCAUCGGCAGUGUAUUGAGUGGUGGGGGGAGUGCUCCACUUCCUGAGGCAACUGCUCAGAAUUGGGUUGAUAUGAUAAAUGAGUAUCAAAAGGGAGCUCUAGUUAGUCGUUUGGGAAUUCCUAUGAUAUACGGCAUUGAUGCCGUUCACGGGCAUAACAAUGUCUAUAACGCUACUAUUUUCCCUCACAAUGUUGGUCUUGGAGCCACCAGGGAUCCUGAUCUUGUUAAGAGGAUUGGAGCAGCAACUGCAGUCGAAGUCAGAGCCACUGGAAUUCCAUACACAUUUGCUCCUUGCAUUGCAGUUUGUAGAGAUCCAAGAUGGGGUAGGUGUUAUGAGAGCUACAGCGAGGAUCACAAAGUCGUGGAAGACAUGACGGAUGUCAUACUUGGUUUACAAGGAGAGCCUCCUUCCAACUAUAAGCAUGGAGUUCCAUUCGUUGGUGGCAGGGAUAAAGUUGCAGCCUGUGCCAAGCAUUACGUGGGAGAUGGUGGGACAACCCGCGGAGUAAACGAGAACAACACUGUGACUGAUUUACACGGUCUUCUUAGCGUUCACAUGCCCGCUUAUGCUGAUGCAAUUUACAAAGGUGUUUCCACAGUGAUGGUUUCAUAUUCCAGCUGGAAUGGUGAGAAGAUGCAUGCAAAUACUGAGCUUAUCACAGGGUAUCUUAAGGGUACCCUUAAGUUUAAGGGUUUUGUUAUCUCGGAUUGGCAAGGUGUUGAUAAGAUUUCCUCACCACCGCAUACGCACUACACAGCUUCCGUCCGGGCUGCAAUUCAAGCUGGAAUUGAUAUGGUCAUGGUCCCCUUCAACUUUACCGAGUUUGUCAAUGAUCUUACGUCCUUGGUGAAGAAUAAUUCAAUUCCUGUCACUCGGAUUGAUGAUGCUGUUAGAAGAAUCCUGCUUGUCAAGUUCACCAUGGGUCUUUUUGAGAACCCUUUGGCUGAUUACAGCUUUUCCAAUGAACUGGGAAGCCAGGCACACAGAGACUUGGCAAGGGAGGCUGUUAGAAAAUCCCUUGUGCUGCUGAAAAACGGGAACAAAACCAAUCCUAUGCUCCCACUUCCCAGGAAGACUUCAAAGAUCCUAGUCGCUGGCACUCACGCUGAUAAUUUAGGUUAUCAGUGUGGUGGUUGGACCAUAACUUGGCAAGGAUUUAGCGGUAACAAGAACACGAGAGGGACUACGCUUCUUGGCGCUGUAAAAUCAGCUGUUGAUCAAAGCACUGAAGUUGUCUUCCGUGAAAACCCGGAUGCGGAAUUCAUCAAAUCGAACAACUUUGCUUAUGCAAUCAUUGCUGUUGGUGAACCUCCAUAUGCAGAGACAGCUGGAGACAGCGACAAGCUAACUAUGCUUGACCCCGGUCCAGCGAUUAUCAGCUCCACUUGUCAGGCUGUCAAGUGUGUGGUUGUGGUCAUUUCAGGGAGACCAAUAGUGAUGGAACCUUAUGUUGCCUCGAUUGAGGCAUUGGUUGCAGCGUGGCUACCAGGAACAGAAGGCCAAGGUAUCACUGAUGCUCUCUUUGGGGACCAUGGCUUCAGUGGAAAACUUCCUGUUACAUGGUUCAGAAACACAGAGCAGUUGCCUAUGAGCUAUGGAGAUUCACAUUAUGACCCGCUCUUUGCUUACGGGUCUGGUCUUGAAACUGAGUCUGUUGCGAGCAUUGUUGCCAGGUCAACCUCAGCUUCUGCUACUAGCACAAAGCCCUGCUUAAUCACAGUCCUUGUUUCUGCGACAUUGUGUCUGUUUAUCUUCCCAAGCUUAAGCCGGCUUUUGAGAAGAUGAAAAGCUACAAAAGCUUGGAGUAGAUAGAUUCUUUCGAUUAUCUGAUCUCAUCCGAUCCAGGGAGUGUUUUUUUUUUGUUCUUCUAGCCUAGCAAAUGAGACCCUGAAUCUGUGUCGUGUUAUGUUCAGAGUUAUUGCAACCUGAAACAUUAUUGGAUAUUUACACCGGAACGUUCUUCUAUUUAGGUUCUUGAAAUUUUACAGACAAUUCUCUUCUGAAAUCUAUUAUUCUUGAAACUGAAUGAAAUAUACUGAUUCCG